ACUGCCAUGGGCGAAGCUUGGACACGCCACCAGCUAACCUUGGAACUGCCACCAACGAAGCUUGGAUGUGCCAGCUUGCGCAACGGGAGUCCCCUUCGCUCCUCUCCAUCCUAGUGGCUGCUUGAUUCAGCCAUUGCCCUGCUUUGGUUCCUUCGACAGGCACAUCUCACUUCUCCAUACCCCUCCCUCGCUCUACUCCUCGCCUCCCCGGGAGGAACUAACUUACACAUUAACCCAAAUACGGUGCAGAUCGGUUCUUUGCCAUCUCGUCUCUCGACCGAUCGAUGCGGGGGUCUCCCAUUACCGUACCCUUGCCUCACCCUUGUGUGGUCCACGUGCCGAGAGCUCAUUCUCACGGCGAAAUUCCCUCCUCCCGACUUUUUUUUUCUCAUGAAAGUAGCCGCCUCGAUAACCGCCGUUGCGAGCUCUACCUGCGGCGAGCUCCAUGCAUACACGUACACUUACGUCAGGGCCGAUGGCCACCGUCGAAUCUGGAUCUCCAUCAGAUACCAGAGCUCCAUAGAGUGAUCCACGCUUCGGCGACGGAGAGCAUUCAGAGCUGAUAGAGACGACGACCGUGCCGCUCGUCCGCACUUUAUACAAGGGUGGAAACUUCUUUACUUACCGUGUUUUCUACUCCGCGCGCAGAGAUCUCGACCUUCACUGUCUUGUCACGCUCGGCCUUCAUCCAUGGCGUCUCUUAGCAGCGUUCCGCGGCCAAUCACCCUUCGCGACAUGCCGUCAUCAUUCGAGUUCGACUACCCCAUCAGAAGGAGUGCUUCCGAACCUCGCCCCGCAGCCCCUUGCCGCAGCAGCCAGCUCGUCGUCAUAUCAGACGAGUCAUCCGAGCCUGCGCGGCUGCCAGAAGCGUCGACGAGUCGGGGUCGGAGUCGUCCGCCGCGGCUCUCAAACUGCUCCGCGCCAGGCGCACGCGCCACACCCAGCUCUCCUGUGACACCUCCUCUAACCUCUGCAGUGACACCCAGUGUAACGUCUCCUGUAACGUCCCCCGCCCCCCUAUCCAGCCCGCUGAGCGCGAGGAAUCCGGCACCGUCUCCCCGCCGCGCGCUUUCCGUCGCCGAGUGCGAGGCCGCGCUUCUAUCGCCUCCGCCGCCUUCGAACCCCCGUGCAGUGAAGCCCUCGUCCCCGUUCCAUCAUCGGCGGCGGCAUUCCGUGUCGGGAGAAUCGCUGUCGCGCGUCGAGGUACUGGGCUCGACGAGUCCGCAGGUGUUGACCGGGCCCCGCUCCAGCAGGCCAUCUUGUGCCAGCGCCGUUGGCGGUGCCUCUCCUGACAGCAAGCACGGCGUGGGUCCUGCUUCGCGCGUUUUUGCGAGGGCUAAUGAUGUGACCGUUACAAGGUCGGCCCAAGCCAGGCUGGCCGCCUCCGGCAAGCCGGUCUCGGGAGCAUCGCAGGCAGGUUGCAUAGAUGAUGAUGUGGCUGUCUUAUCCACAACGGGACGGUCUAUCCAUCGGCCACAAGCGAGUAGGUGCACACCAUUGUUGGUGGGAGGACGGAGAGCCGUUAACGGGCGACAGAUUAGAAGCAGCACAACGGUCAGCAACAGCAGCAGCAGCAGCAGCAGCAGCAGCAGCAGCAACACUGCCUCUCCAAAGCCCCCAAAGCAGAGCAGCAGCAGCCUUCCCCCUGCCUCCCCUCACCCCCCGACACCAACUAGCAGCCUGCCCGCCUCUCCUCAACCCCCAACGCUGUGCAGCAGCCUCCCUGCCUCUCCUCACCCCCCGAUGCCGACAAGCAGCAGCCCGGCUGCUCCUCAUCCGCCAAGCCUGAGCUGCAGCAACAACAGCUGCUUUCUUGCCUCUCUUCAAUCUUCAAGGCCAUGCCACACCCAUGCCCUGACUCAACCCCCUACUAGCUGCAGCAUUGUUUUCACCGGAGCUAGCCAACGAAUGGUCACAGGGAAGCCUGCCAAGCCAAGCCUGAUUCCACCCCCUAACCCCAAAUCGGCUUCACCCAGCAGGAUCCCAAAGCGUGUCAACUUCUGCAAAUAUGUUGAGGUGCUAGAUUAUGUCCCCUAUGCCUUGUAAUUUCUGCGAAAUCCAUGCCCACGUGACAAUUGUCACUGUGUCUAAGGUGGGGAAAGUUCACUAAUCGUGAUAAUGCCAGAAACCCUUGAAUAAUCAAGGCCUUCUUUUCAGUCUCUGCAGAACACAGCCAGCGACCAUGAGAGCCAAGUGGAAGAAAAAACGCAUGCGGCGGUUGAAGCGCAAGAGAAGAAAGAUGAGAGACAGAGAUCCAAGUAAGCGUGACAUGCGCCGAGGAUUCUCGCCUGUGCUUUGACGUGGAAGCAGGACUCCGAUACUUUGUGAGGAUCCGAUUGAAGGUGCACUGAUAAUGUCCUGCGAAAGUCUGGCGACAACAGAGCCGACCGCGAGAUUGGGGUUAGACUUGAUGCCAUGGUUCCUAGCAUGAUGCUUCUGCUUGAUCCAGCUGCUCCUGUCUGACUUGUUUGCGAGGCUUUGCCACGUGGAUGCCUCUUGCUGGCUCUUUUGAUACCAAACUCGUAAUGUGAUUUCAAGCUUUCGAAGCGAAGCUCGUUUCCGCAUCUUUCCUGUCACACCGUGGCUUAUUGUUUCUUUUCUCAUCUGCUUUCUCCAUGGCUGGCCCGGUGACGAUUUCAUUGUUACACACUCUGAAAGACUCUGGGCUUCUGUCCUCUGUCCAGUGUGGUAAAUAUCCACCAACGCUGAGGGCCAGCCAUGUCAGCAGCGUUUCCCAUUUUGUUUCCUGUACUCCUGUCGCUUCGUUUCUCGCAUCGAUACCUCACAAAUUCCCGUGAGCUUUUUCCCCUUCACUUGGGGAUCAUCCGAACUCCGUAAAACAUUCCAUGUAGGAGCAAACCCUUCGCUAACCCUUGGUAAACAUUCCGUUAAUUUCAGGGGUGAACUGCUGGUCUGAUAAUACUGGGUGGCAAUUCAGGCAACCAACCAUGCCUAUCACUGCAUGGCUUAGGUGUUCAGCCGCCCAAAUAGCGAUUUCUGUUGUACUCGAACCCUCUUCGAGGGUAGUUAGCUUUCUGUAGCUGGCUGAGGGGUGCAAUAGAGUUCAACUGAUGGGGUGUAAUUUGAUUGCAAGUGAUAACAAUUGUCACUGGCACAUCUUGAAUACGUUAGCAUAAACUCUUCCGCUGCCCCUGCCGUGUUAAGGACGGAGGAAUUCUGUCUAGGAAGUUUCUAGAAAGUCUUAAAAACAAGUCAAUUUGCUCGAACGUG